CCGUAGCCAUUUUGGCUCAAGCCUGGUCGGGCGCGCGCGCGCGCGGGCUCGAGUUCGAUGGCGACGGGGAGACGGCCAGAUGAUCGGCUGUCUGGAGGGCAUCGGCGGGCGCCGCGCGAGCGCCGUCAGGCUCAGCGUUGGGCCGCCCUCUCACGUGAGAGAUUGGCGCAGAGGCAGGCAGCGCAGCUCCUGGAGCUGCAGGGCCUGGCCGAGGCGCCUCAGAGCAUCCUGCGCCGCCUGGCGCUCGUUGCGCCCGUGCUUAUCGCGCAGGAGAAGGGCGAGCAGCUACAGGAGGGCAGGAUACUAGAGCGGAACGUCGGCUGCCACGCGCAGAACCUCCCGCGGCCUGGAGCUCCGCGGCGCGCCUGGCGGAUCGCCCAGCGCGGCCCGCGGCUCCCGCGCCCGCGGUCGCUCCUGUCUGAGUCGAGGGAUUUCCCGACUGGCUCGGCGGUCUCGCACGUCGCCGACGUCGAGGCCGCCCUUCUGCUGGCGGAUUCCGCUGCCCGCGCCGCCGUGCACGCGGAGAGCGAGGGCCACGUGCAGCCUAGCGAGUACGUGGACACGCUGCGGCGCGAUGCCGACCUCUUCUGGCCGCUUCGGCCCCCGGGACGCUGGGACGACGGCGGAGUGGUGAAGAGCGGCACCGAGGAGGUCGGCACGGGACGCACGCCGCUGAGGUCGUCUGCUGAGCCUUUCCUGCUGUCGGGCAGCGGCAGCCAGCGACGGAGCGACGAAGGCGUUUUGUGCUCUUGUGGAGCAGUUCUGUUCUCUUCCUGCCGUGCCGCCGCUGGUAUUGUGGGUAUUGUGCAGGCGGAUGAUGUGUGCCCUGGAGGUACUGCAGGCCGUGCGCCGCUGCCUCCCGCAUCCGAUGCUGACGGUGGUGCCACUGCUGGUGUGCCAGGCGCGUCUUGCGAUGGCUCAGACGUCGACGACGUUACCCUGGACGGCGAGGCCGACGCGGACACCUCGUGCUCGGACCACACAAGCGACGGCGGGAGCGAGGGCGGCGGCGACGGGGACGACGGCGGCGCCUUCGGGGACCAUGCCGUGCCCGCGGCUGGCGAGUCCUCGCCGCUGCUGUUGUCCGUCAGUGGCCGUCUGGGCGAGGCCGUCAGCCACAACGACAGCGACGACGACAGCGUAGGCGGCCAGGGGCAGGAGCAUGCCGACGGCGAUGCUGCUACUGCCUGCUCCGCCACCGCUGCGUCGGCGCUCAGUGGAGCGAUCGCGACCUACCUCGGCGUGAACGAAGCCGCACUCCUCCGUGGAGACGGAGACGGCGGUCGAACUGCCGCGGGAUUCGCUGAGCUGGCCGUGCCGACCGAGGACGCUGAGGGCGAAGUGCGGCGAUGGCUCGCCGACUGGUCAAAGGUGGCUCACAUUUGCUCCCUGCAGGAGCAGCUGGGGGCUGCUAAGAAGGAAGUGCAGCUCCUGCGCUGGAAGGCAGGGUGGCUGGAGAUUGACUCCGUCGGGGUGAGGUGCAGGGCAGGCCUGCCGUUCGUCCUCCAAGAGUCUGGGGGCCGCCUCGCCUGGCAUGAGUUCUAGGAGCGGGGGCAGGGACUUCGGCGAGGCCCGUUGUGUGUUUCAGCCCCCACGUGAGGUCAGGCCCGUUUGGCUUUGCAAUGCGUGUGCUGGCCUCACCUCGAGGUUCGUGAGGCCCUUCGUCACUUGUUGAGAAGGUGGGCCUCGCGUCUCAUUUGCAGCGAGGCAGACUUCCUGGCCGUGCUUUGCGUGCCUCAGUCUCCGCUGCUGUCUUGAUUUCUUUGAAAUCUUGCGCUUCGCGCGUUUGGCGCUUCGCGCCCUCCCCUGCGGAGGCUCCUUCGGGGCCCCUAGGGUUGGCCCUUGAGGCCCUGGGGCCAACGGGCUCCGUGGGCCUCGGGCUCCUUUUAGCCUUCAUAGGCCCCGCAGCUCACAGCUCACACAGGAGCACGGCAGACUCUACAGGAGCACGGCAGACCACAAAGGAGCACGGCAGACCACACAGCAGCCCGGCAGACCGCCUCCGGCGUGCACCGUUGGUUCUGGGGCUUAAUUUUCUCUAACUAAGGGGUACGGGC